GGUGUGUCUGGAGUUGCAUAUAUUCUAAAUGAGAACAUUUCAUUAAGUUUCUUAGGUUAACUUUUCAUAGCUUUGUUUCGAUUUUCAAAUAUGUGGAAAACUUUAGGAAAAGCUGUCGCUCCUAUAUUGAGAGAAUCGUUAAUUUUAACUCCAGAAAAUGUUCUACAACAGCAGCUGAGGACGACAUAUAUAUUGAAACGAAGAAAUUCUCCGUUUCUAAACAAGAAUGGGUCUCUGCCAAAACGGCUAAAAGCAAAGCAUUAUAUAUAUGAUUUGGUUGAAGAUACAAAUGUUAAUCGAGAGCCUGACAUGAAUGUUAUUCUAACAACUUAUGUUGCUGGUCUAGGAGACGUUGGUGACAAAGUUGCAGUAAGGCCAAAUUAUGCCUACAAUAAGUUAUUAAUGACUGGUCAGGCAGUUUAUGCUAGUCCUGAAAAUGUUGAAAAGUUCAAAGAUUACCAAAGCAAUAUUGAGGAAAAAACUUACAGCUCAGCAACUUCACAAAGAGCUGUUGAUUGUCUGUCAAGAGUCACUCUAUCAAUUAUCAUGAAUAAAGAGACUCCAUGGGUUUUGAAACCUUGGCAUGUGAAGGCAAGUUUCAGGAAAUGUGGUUAUUGGGUUCCUGAAGAAACAAUAGUUUUACCUACAAACCCAAUCACAGGUCCAAAUUUGGAACUUGAGAAUAAGGAAUUCUUUGUUACUAUUACAGUAAAUAACAUGGAGAAAGUAAAUGUGAGGUGCAAAAUUCAUCAUUGGACCACUGAGGUAGUUGACAGAUUACCACAUGAAAAAGAUUUUUGGAAAAAGAAAUUGGAUCCUGUAUUCUCUGAGGAUGCUGCAAUCUUAGCUGAAUUAACCCCUAAUAAAGGGUUAAAUGCAGAUCAGUAAUCUAUCUGGUUAUUAGAUGUUU